AUUUUUUCACAAGAUCUGUUGUGCAUUGCUGAUUAUCCCUAAACAAAGAGAAAAAAAUGAAACCUUUAGCCUUUAGUGUUGCUGAUGUGAUGCUCUCCGCCCUCAUCAGUUUUAUUUCUGAUCGAUUGUCGGCUUCCGAGUUUCUCAACUUUGCUCGAAAGGAGCAGUUUUUGUUCCAACUCAACAUGUGGGAGAAUCUUCUGCCCAAAAUCAAUGCCCUGCUCCAUGACGCACUGCAAAGCCACAACGCCAGUCAUGGCCUCGAACUCUGGCUCUCUGAUUUAAGAGACCUUGCUUACGAUGCUGAAGACAUCAUUGAUGAAAUUGACACCGAGGUCCAGCGCCGGAGAAUACUAGGACACACCCAAUUUGGCACCACCAGCAAGGUACGCUUCUUAUUUCCCCCAUGUUGUGCUGGUUUCAAUUCAAGUGGCAUUAAGUUUAGUGGACGGCUGGGGGCAGAGAUGAAAGCUAUCACUGCUAGAUUUCAACAGAUUCUUAAGCAAAAGAAUGUUUUGAAGUCGGGGGAGAGAGGUGGCCAAGGGAAAUUGGACACAAAAAGGGAGAGGCUGCGCUCCACUUCUUCUCUUGAUGAUGAAUCUCAGGUUUUUGGCAGGGAUAAGGAUAAACAGGUGAUUCUUGAACAGUUAAUGGAUGGUGAAAGUGGUGUGAUUUCAAUUGUCGGAAUGGGUGGUGUGGGCAAAACCACACUUGCUCAGUUAGUUUACAAUGAUGAUAAAAUUGAAAACUUUUUUGAGUUGAGAGUUUGGGCUUGUGUCUCUAUGGAAUUUGAUGUUAUUAGAGUAACUAGGACUCUGCUGCAGGGUGUUACUUUGGAGAGUCUCAAUUCCAAGGACUUCAAUUCGCUUCAAGUGAAACUAAAGGAGAUGCUUUCCGGAAAGAAGUUUCUGAUUGUUUUGGAUGAUGUUUGGAAUGAGAACUAUGAGGAAUGGGAGGUUCUGCGCACACCCUUCGUGGCAGGAGCUCCUGGGAGUAAAGUGCUUGUAACCACUCGAAAUGAAAGGGUUGCAUCCAUCAUGACCACAUAUCCGGUAUACCAUCUGCCGGUGUUGUCUGAGGAUGCUUGCUUUUUGUUGUUUGUCACACAUGCCCUUGGUGCUAGUAAUUUUGAUGAACACCCGAAUCUGAAAGUAAUUGGUGAACAAAUAGUCUGCAAGUGCAGAGGCUUACCACUGGCAAUCAAGACUCUGGCUGGUCUUCUGCAUGGUAAAGUAAAUUAUGCUGAGUGGGAAGAUUUGUUAAGGAGGGAGAUGUGGGACAUACCAGAAGAAAGGAGUGGCAUCCUUCCUGACCUGAUGUUGAGCUACCAUUAUCUUCCUUCCCAUUUGAAACAAUGCUUUGCCUAUUGUGCCGUAUUUCCAAAGGACCAUGAAAUUGACAAGAAUGACUUGGUUCUCCUAUGGAUGGCAGAGGGUCUAAUACAACAAGCAAAGGGGAAAAAGCAAAUGCAAGACAUAGGUCUUACAUAUUUUCAUGAUUUAGUUUCAAUGUCUUUUUUCCAACAGUCAAAUAGAAACAAAACACUAUUUGUUAUGCAUGACCUCAUAAAUGAUCUAGCUCAAUUUGUUGCUGGAGAAAUAUGCUUUCAUUUUGAGGAUACCUUCGAAGACAAGCCGCAUGCAUUUAUUCCAAAGCUUCAUCAUUUGUCAUUCACUCGCCACCAAGAUGAGAUUUCUAAAAGAUUUGAAGCAUUAGAUCACAUGGAGUCUUUACGCACUUUCAUAGCAUUGCCAAUGGAUACAUCAUCUCGGGCAGCACGGUAUUACAUAAAUAACAAAGUGUUACAGGAGUUGCUGGCAAAAUUCAGAUACUUAAGAGUGCUAUGUUUGAGUGGAUACUGCAUGGAUGAAAUACCAUAUUCUAUUGGUCAUCUGAAGCAUUUGAGGUACCUUAAUUUGUCUUACAGUACAAUUAAACAGUUACCUGAAUCUGUGGGCAAGCUAUUCAACUUACAAACACUUUUAUUGCGAGGCUGCAAGGAGCUUACUAAGUUGCCACAAGGUAUUGAAAAUCUAAUUAACCUUCUUGUCCUUGAGCUUACUGAUACUGAGAAAUUAGUGGAGAUGCCGUUGCGAAUAGGCAAUUUGAAAAAUCUUCAGGUUUUGUCCAGAUUAAGUGUUGGAAAGGACAAUCGGUUUGGCAUUAGAGAAUUGAAGGACCUGAAACAUUUAAAAGGGGAGCUUUCUAUUACUGGAUUGGAAAAUGUGGUGAAUGUUCAAGAUGCUAGGGAUGCUAAUCUAAUGGACAAGCGUGGUAUUGAUAGCUUAUGUUUGAAAUGGAGUGAGUCCCUUGAUCAUCAAAAUGAAGAAGGAGAUCCCUCUUUCACCAAUAUUGGGCACAUGAGCCUCAAUAACUGCAGUAAAAGCAUGUCACUUCCAUCACUUGGGAGACUGCCAUCAUUGAAGAAGUUGUUCAUCCAAGGCAUGAAUGGAGUCAAGACGGUGGGUCUCGAGUUUUAUGGUUAUGGUUUGCCUUCUGCCAAGAGGUUUCCAUCCUUGGAAAUUCUGUGGUUUAUGAAUAUGUUAGAAUGGGAACAUUGGUCUUCCACUCAUAGAGGUGAUGGAGAUUUAGCUGAUGAAUUUCCUUCUCUUCAUGAGCUCAUGAUACAAAAUUGUCCAAAGCUGACUGGGGACUUACCAAGAUGCCUUCCUUCCCUUGUGAAGCUUACCAUUAGUUGCUGCCCAAAGUUGGAGGGUUCACUUGAGGCUGGUGGUGAUGGAUUCAAGGAAGAGGAGGAGGAGGAGAACCGGGGAGCCUUUACGUUUGCACAGAGCUACUGUUUCAAUUCAACUGGCACUAAGUUUAGUGGGCGGUUCCGGUUAGAGAUUGAAGCUAUCACUGCUAGAUUUCAAGAGAUUGUCAAGCCCAAGAAUGUUUUGAAUUGGGUGGAGAGUGGUGGCCAAGAGAAAUUGGAGACAAAAAGGGACUGGCUGCCCUCCACCUCUUCUCUUGAUAAUGAAUCUCCGGAUCUUGGCAGGGAUAAGGAUAAACAGCUGAUUCUUUCUUGGUUAAUGGAUGGGGAAACUGGUGUGAUUUCAAUUGUUGGAAUGGGUGGUGUGGGCAAAACCACUCUUGCUCAGUUAGUUUACAAUGAUGAUAAAAUUGAAAACUUUUUUGAGUUGAGAGUUUGGGUUUGUGUCUCUCGAGAAUUCGAUAUCACUAGGGUGACUCGGAUUCUGGUGCAGGCUGUUACUUUGGAGAGUUUCAAUUUCACGGACCUCAAUAGCUAUGAGCAAUGGGAUGUUCUGCGGACACCCUUCAUGGCAGGAGCUCCUGGGAGUAAAGUACUUGUAACCACUCGAAAUGAAAGGGUUGUGUCGAUCAUGACCACGUAUCCGGUAUACCAUUUGCCAGUGUUGUCUAACAAAGCUUGCUUUUUGUUGUUUGUCACACAUGCCCUUGGUGCUAGUAAUUUUGAUGAACACCCGAAUCUAAAAGAAAUUGGUAAAGAAAUAGUGUGCAAGUGUAAAGGCUUACCACUGGCAGCCAAGACUUUGGGUGGGCUUCUGCGUGGUAGAGUAAAUGGUGAUGAGUGGGAAGAUUUGUUGAGGAGUGAGAUGUGGGACAUACGAGAAGAAAGGAGUGGCAUCCUUCCUGCUCUGAUGUUGAGUUACCAUUAUCUUCCUUCUCAUUUGAAACGAUGCUUUGCCUAUUGUGCUAUAUUCCCAAAGGACUAUGAAUUUGACAAGAAUGACUUGGUUCUACUAUGGAUGGCUGAGGGGUUAAUACAACAAGCAAAGGGACAAGACAUAGAUCUUACAUAUUUUCAUGAUUUGGUUUCAAUGUCUUUUUUCCAACACUCAAAUAGCAACAAAACACUAUUUGUUAUGCAUGACCUUAUAAAUGAUCUAGCUCAAUCUGUUGCUAGAGAAAUAUGCUCUCAUUUUGGGGAUACAUUUGAAGACAAGUCACAUGAAUUUAUUGCGAAGCUUCGCCAUUUGUCAUUCACUCGCCACCAAUAUGAGAUUUCCAAAAGAUUUGAAGCAUUAGACCGCAUGCAGUCUUCACGGACUUUCAUAGCAUUUCCAAUGGAUGCAUCAUCUCUGGCAGCAGGCUAUUCCAUAGGUAAAAAUGUGUUACAAGAGUUGCUGGAAAAAUUAGGAUGCUUAAGAGUGCUAUCUUUGAGUGGAUACUGGAUAGACGAAAUACCAUAUUCUAUUGAUCAUCUGAAGCAUUUGAGGUACCUUAAUUUGUCUCACAGUACAAUUAAACAGUUCCCAGAAUCUGUGGGGAACCUGUUCAACUUACAAACACUUUUAUUGCGAGGCUGCAGGGAGCUUACUAAGCUGCCACAAGGUAUUGAAAAUCUAAUUAAACUUCUUGUCCUUGAUCUUACUAAUAGUGAGAAAUUAGUGGAGAUGCCAUUGCAAAUAGGCAAGUUGAUAAAGCUUCAGGUUUUGUCCAAAUUCUGUGUUGGAAAGGACAAUCAGUUUGGCAUUAGAGAAUUGAAGGACUUGAAACAUUUAAAAGGGGAGCUUUCUAUCACUGGAUUGGAAAAUGUGGUAAAUGUUCGAGAUGCUAGGGAUGCUAAUCUAAUGGACAAGCAUGGUAUUGAGGGCUUAUAUAUGAAAUGGAGUAGUGAGUUCCUUGAUCAUCAAAAUGAAGAACGUGAAAUGCUUGUUCUUGACAUGCUAAAACCUAAUACGAAUCUGAAAGAACUUACAAUUUCAUUUUAUGACGGCGAAAGGUUUCCAUCUUGGUUAGGAGAUCCCUCAUUCACUAAUAUUGUGCACAUGAACCUUAAUAACUGCAGUAAAAGCAUGUCACUUCCAUCACUUGGGAGGCUGCCAUUAUUGAAGAAGUUGUCCAUCCGAGGCAUGAAUAGAGUCAAGAAGGUGGGUCUUGAGUUUUAUGGUGAUCGUUUGCCUUAUACUAAGAGGUUUCCGUUCUUGGAAAUUUUGUGGUUUCAGAAUAUGUUAGAAUGGGAACAUUGGUCUUCUACUCAUAAAGGUGACGAAGAUUUAGAUGAUGAAUUUCCUUCUCUUCGUGAGCUCAUGCUACAAAAUUGUCCAAAGCUGACUGGGGACUUACCAAGACACCUUCCUUCCCUUGUGAGGCUUAUCAUUAGUCGUUGCCCAAAGUUGGAGGGUUCACUUGUGAGCCUCCCUUCUCUUUGUGAAUUAAAUAUUGAAGACUGCAACAAGGAGCAACUGAAAAAUAUUGUUCAACUUACUUCCUUAACGACACUGAGAAUCCAAAGUAUUAGGGACCUUGUAUGUCUGCCGCAAGAGAUGCUAGAGUCUCUAGGUGCACUUCAAACCCUUGAUGUGUCCAAUUGCGCCAAACUGACAUUUUUUUGGCAGAAGAGUACUGGACUGAAAAACAUUGUUUCUCUUAAGCAUCUAAAAAUAAAGGGCUGCUCCAAGUUUGUAUCUCUGAUAGAAAAUGAACAAGGUCUUUAUGGUAGUUUGGAUGAUAUUGAGUUGAUCAACUAUGGAGACUUUGAGAAACUGACUUUCAAAAGUUUGCAUUUUGAAUCAUGCCCAAAACUUGUAUCAUUUCCUGAGACAGGUUGCUUGUCCACACUUAGACAUCUUAUGCUGAAAGAUUGUGUAGCUCUUAAGAACCUGCCUGAUUGGAAGAUGAUGCUUAAUUACAAGACUAGUUAUUGUCUUCUUGAAGAAUUGGAGAUUGAAGAAUGUCCUUCCCUGACAUGCCUUCCAGGAGGCAUCAUGCUUACCAGGUUGCAAAGGUUGAAAAUCCAAGCUUUAAUCUCCUUUCCAGAGGCAGGUCUCUCACCCACUUUGAAAACCUUAGAAAUCUACAGUUGUGCUAAUCUCAACUCUCUACCUGAGAGGAUGCAAAAUCUUGCCUCUCUUCAAUGUCUAACAGUUUGUGACUGUCCAUGUCUUGUGUCGUUUCCCGAAGGGGGUUUGUCCCCUCAACUAUUGGUACUAGAGGUCUGGGAUUGCAUGAAUUUGAAGGAGCCAAUGUCAGAGUGGAACCUACACUCUCUAGCCUCUCUUAAAGAGCUCAUCAUUGUUGGUGCACCGGAUACAGCUUCCUUCCCAGAUGAAAAGUGUCUGCUUCCUACAUCUCUCACUUCUAUAGUCAUUUCUAGACUCAACAGUCUGGAAUCUCUAUCCACAGAACUGCAAAACCUGAGCUCUCUUGAAGAGCUAGAAGUCAGCGAUUGUCCAAAGCUUCGAGAGUUGCCAAGGGAAGGAAUGCCUGCAAAAGAGGCUGGUGGUGAUGGAUUCAAGGAGGAGGAGGAGAACCGGAAAGCCCUUUACCUUUGCUCAAAGCUACUGUAAGAUCAAUGGCUGGAUUAUGAAUGUAUUUUAAGGAUUGGUCACACGGUAUCUUAAUGUUAAAUUGGUUACAUAGAUCUCUUAUAUUUUUGACUUGUGUAGAUUUAAACACAUUUUCUUCAUCAAACUCUGUUGCAGCGCACUACAUACAGAGGAAAUAAAACACAUUUUAGCUUGAAUUCUGUUUUAUGGUCCAUCUAUACUUGUAUUCGAGAUAAUCUAUCUUCUUUUUUACCUCAAACACUUAACAGGAUUGAGGCAUCAUGUAAUAACUUUGGUUUGCUGUUGGGUUGCUGCUUAGAGAAAUUAAAGAUCCCAGGCAAGUUGCCCAAUUAAUGUCUAGAUUGCUAUACCCUGCUGAUACCAUUAUACUCAAGAUAUGCUAAACAAGAACUUUGAACUGGACAAGAGGGUAGAUUUGUUCGUGACAGUUGAGAAUGCCAUUGUUGUUAAAAUAGGUACGAUCACUUUCCAGUUUGUAAAUCUCAUCUUAAAUCCUUCAGGCUUCCAUUCACUUCUAGUUAAUGUAACCUUAUGCUUCUCCAGUUUUCAACAUCUCAUUGGUGGUCUGUUGUUGUUGGCAUUUUCCUGUGUGCUGUUUUGUUUGUUGUUGUUGGAAUGCAAAUCUGGAGAAAGUUGGGGGAAAGAUAUAAUGCAUGUUUGACAGCUUAAAACUGGAGGACCACUUUUUAGGGAAUGGGUAAGUCAUCUUCAGCUCCCUAAAAUAUCAUUUGGAACUUUCAAAUGUUAUAUUACUCUUUUUUUUCCCUGGCACCAAUAAAAACUGUUUGCUUCGCAGUUGGGUCUUCCCUCUGGUAUCACUGUUGAAUGAAUGUCUGGACUGGAU